UCGUUUGCCGGUUUUAUUGCUUAAUCCGCCCAUCAGUCGCUUGAUAAUUUUCGCUUUGCGGGGCGGGAAAACGGAAAACUGAAAACUGAAAACAGAAAACCCACGAAAUAAAACAAGUGUAGAAGAGCACAUAAAACCUCUGUACAGCGUUGAUACAAUUCCGUGUGCAAGUGUGUGAGUGCAGUGCUGCUUGUGUUCGUGUCCGUGUGUGGGUGUGGGUGUGUGCUCUGCGGGUGUGUGCGUGUGCACAUUGCCGAUGCUCGGUACCGCUUUUCAUUCUGUGCCUGACCGCCGUCGCUGCCGAUGGGUUCCGUUCUGGAGGUUCCGUUAUAAAAGACGCGUGCCGCUCCAAAACCGAUGGAGUUCGAUUCGAGACCGCAAAGGUUCUGUGUCCUGCCUGGCAGCCUCUGAGAAAUAAUAAAAUAAUAUAAUACUUGCAAAAAUACGAGCAAAAAACAAGUGCUUGCGAGUGCUUACCCAAAGUGAUAUAACCAAAACAUAAUAGUGAUUUUAGAAACAUUUUUGACGAAAGUAAACCGUACAAGAUGCAUUUCAUCGCCCUCGCCUUAAUAGUCUGCUGCUCUGUGUCGUUCAGCUGGGCCAACGAAUGGGGCUAUCCGGACUUGGACAGCAACCAGGAUGAGCCCUUUCCCAAAUGGGGCGGUCUUUGCGAUAGUGGAAAGAAGCAAAGCCCCAUAAAUCUGCACGUCAAAGGAGCACUGAAGGGAGAGUUUGAUUCUCUGAGGUUCGAGAACUAUGACGAGCAUCAGAAGAAUCUGCGAAUGGUCAACAAUGGACAUUCAAUUCAACUGUCUGGCUUCGAUCACGAACUGACCCUGAGUGGUGGUGCCCUGCUGCAAGACUUUGUGGUGGAGCAGAUCCACAUGCACUGGUGGUCGGAGCACACCAUCAACGACAUCCGGUAUCCGCUGGAAGUGCACAUCGUGCACCGGAACACCAUUUACCCGAACAUGACAAUGGCGGCCAACUUUAAGGAUGGCAUUGUGGUCAUUGGCGUGCUGUACCACGUGUCCAACACGCCCAACGAGGCCAUCGGCAGCAUCAUCAAGAGCUUGGGAGCCGUGAAGAGCUACGAUAGCAUGAACAAGCCCGUCCUGGUGGCGGAUUCCCUGGCCGUGGAUGACCUGGUGCCCAGCGUGGAGAGCUACUUCACCUACGCCGGCUCCCUGACCACGCCCACCUGCGCCGAGGCAGUCACAUGGAUCGUGCUGACCGAGACCUUCCCCGUGACCCUGGAUCAGGUCAAUGAGUUCAAGGAGAUCGAGUACGAUCAGGGCAAGCAGCUGCACAACAACUACAGGGAGCUGCAGAGCGAAAACAAUCGUGCUGUCGUCCUCGUCGAGCAGCCUGAGCAGAGAUCGGGGGCAGCUGGACUCACUGCAUCCGUAUCCUUGGGUCUGAUGACCCUCAUCCUGGCGGGCCAGAAGAUCAUGCUGUAGACAUGAGAUGGACAAUUCGAAAGGAGCAGCCAAUGACAUACUCGUACCAAAGAAUCGUUUAAUGCAACGAAUUUGUUUACCAACUAUUUUAACAAUUUAACAAAAAGAAACCGGAGACACAGGAGAGCAACGUCAGACCAGACAAUUUAUACUCAUUAAUUGUAAUGCAGAACAGAACAAGAAUUCAGCUAGUCAGUUUGUGUAAAGUUCAUUAAGUGCAAAGGCCACAGAUAAUAAAUGAAACAUUUUACAAGCA